AUACGGGUGGAUUUCAAAUAUAUUAAGGGGUUACCUCAGCAAGUGGAAUUAGUUGAGCGCCUUACCCGACCACUGGCAUUUUGAGGUCCGCUCAAGGCUCGACACUUUUCAAACAAUGCAUCUUAAUGUUUGGGCUAUUACUACCUUCCUUUUUUUGGUUGGAUCCGCUUUUUCAAAUUCCGUCGUCGACACUGCCGGAGAAAAUGUCGCUUCAAAUCUGAGAAUCAUUGGUGGAAUCGACGCUCAAGAUGGUCAAUAUCCAUUUAUGGCAAGCUUACUGUCCCCAAGAAGUGCUUGCGCUGGAACUUUAAUUGCCCCUUCCUAUGUCUUGACAGCGGCCCACUGCGUUUCUCUACCUUCCACAAGCACCAAAGACAUCUGGGAUUCAAACGUGUUUCUGAAUACGUUGGGUGUAGCUGGUGAUGAAACGAACUCUGUCACUAAUUACGUGUCGAAAAUCAUCGUUCAUGAAAACUACUCCGUCAACGGUACCGGUUACGUGAAUGACAUCGCCAUCAUAGUUUUAGAGUUUCCCGUAACAACAGUUACACCAGUCCAAAUUGCAGAAGAAACAACAACGACGCAAACUAAAACAACUACAAAACCAACCACUAAAACAACCACUAAGCCAACAACUAAAACAACCACUAAGCCAACAACUAAAACAACCACUAAAACAACCACUAAGCCAACAACUAAAACAACUACAAGGCCAACCACUAAAACAACUACAAGGCCAACCACUAAAACAACUACAAGGCCAACCACUAAAACAACUACGAAGCCAACCAUUAAAACAACAACAAAACCGACUACUAAAACAACGAAGCCAACCACUAAAACAACUAGAAAAUUAACAACUAAGAAAGUGGCCCUAAUAAGAAAUAGUUACGAGAACUCGAACGCCAUAAUCGCUGGAUGGGGACUAACAUCUGACGGAGGGUAUAGCUCCGACACGUUGAAGGCUGCCGACGUCAAAAUUCUCACUAACCAAGAUUGUGGCCAAAAAUGGGGCAGCUUAUUCAACGCUAAUACGAUGAUGUGUGCCGCCGGAUCAACCAGCUCCAUCUGUGUGGAUGACGAAGGUGGUCCGAUUCUUGUUAACGGAUCUCAAGUAGGCAUCGCCAGCUUCUUUUCUAGCAGUAGUCAAUGUAAUGAUCCUAACGCUCCCGCCGUGUUCACCCGAGUCUCCGCUUACGCUGGCUGGAUCGCGCAAACCAUGGCUGAGAAUCCCCCUUCAAUCCCAAAUUUGAUUUAAAAAAAAAAAAAAAAAAAAAAAAAGAUUUUCUACAUCAUCAAAUAAUUACAUUCCGCUUUUGGGGUUGCUUCUGUGUGUUGCGUGAAAAAUUGUGCACAAUGUGCAUGUAAAAUGCACUUUAAAUACAUUUUUAGGUUGCAGGUAA